AUGGGUCAUAGACCAAAGCGAGAGGAAAACAAUGAUGACGAUUUGGCAGACUUUACCUUUUUCUUCUCCCUUCUUUAUCAUGUCACAAGUACCUUUUCUUCUCCCUUCUUUAUCAUGUCACAAGUACCUUUUCUUUCUCCCUUCUUUAUCAUGUCACAAGUACCUUUUCUUUCUCCCUUCUUUAUCAUGUCACAAGUACCUUUUCUUUCUCCCUUCUUUAUCAUGUCACUAGUACCUUUUCUUUAUCAUGUCACAAUUACCUAUUUCUUCUCCCUUCUUUAUCAUGUCACUAGUACCUUUUCUUUCUCCCUUCUUUAUCAUAUCAAUAGUACCUUUUCUUUCUCUCUUCUUUAUCAUGUCACUAGUACCUUUUCUUUCUCCCUUCUUUAUCAUGUCACUAGUACCUUUUCUUUCUCCCUUCUUUAUCAUGUCACUAGUACCUUUUUCUUCUCCCUUCUUUAUCAUGUCACUAGUACCUUUUCUUUCUCCCUUCUUUAUCAUGGCACUAGUAUGUUUUAUUCUCCCUUCUUUAUAAAUUUACAAGGACUCAGUAAAGAUUAA